AUGGCAGAUUGCACCGCCAGAACACAAAAGUCCUACCGUCCACCUCGACGGCGGCCGGCUCAUUUGCGGACGAAGACUGGAUGUUUGACCUGCCGAUCACGGAAGAAGAAGUGCGAUGAGAGGGGGUCACCGUGUCAAAACUGCCUCAAACGAAAUAUAGAAUGCAUCUGGGCUGACAGGAGAGCUGGCCAUGCCAAUGAUCAACUGAGUCAUUCUGACAGUAGCAGCAUAGCGUCAGAGUCCGUUUCAGGCACAGAAUGUCAACUUGCCAAUGCUCGGACACCGUCUAUAGUCACCUUCUCGAAUGGACCAGCGUGCUACUCUUCCGUCCUAAGUCCGGCGAACAGCCAGCUAUUCGGCUUCUUGCAAACCAUCUUCCUGCCACAGCUUAUCCAUCCAGUAACCAAAGGGGCUGUGAACAAGCUGGUAACUAGGGAAAGCCUUCGAUGGGCAUUCCAAUCUCCUUUUUGUAUGCAUGCACUACUCGCCUGUGCUGCCGCGGAGAUACCUGUCAACAAUCCGCAGUACCGCCGAACGGCCGAGCUGCAUUAUAUUAAUGCUGUUGCUGGUUUACGACAGAGCCUUGUACAAGCGCACGGCCCGAGUCGGACAGUCGUCUUGUGGACAGUGCUGAUUUUAUGCAUUUAUGAGCGAUCCAAACCCCAUCACUCGCAAGGCGUUGAUGUCCAUCUCAACGGGGCAGCACAACUGAUUCAGACGUACUUUCGACACAAAACACCCGACGCAAGCACUAUUGCAACAGAUGUCUGGAUGCCGCGCUUAUUUCUGGAAUCGUUCAUGUUUCACGUCGCAACGAGCAUACCCUUUCAGCUUACAUCCACCGCAUCCGCAUCUAUCGACUCUGCCUUUUCCCUUGCGAAGACUUUACUGGAGGUCCUCUGCCGACCACAUAUUUCCGUGGAUGCCACCUCACCAGUCCUCGGGGUCGCUCCGAAACUGUUCCAGUAUGUCUACACCAUCGCUCGUAUGUACCAACAGUAUCCCGACGGCGUUGAAAUUCGCCAUUGCAGAGAGCUGGAGCAGGAUCUGAGACGGUGGGAUACACUAAUGGCAGGCACGGCUGCUCCAGAGCUACUUGCAGGACCUAAAAUGUAUGUCUUGUGUGCACGAAUCCUUCUCAAUCGUCUUAUUUAUCUUGCCGGCAAUCAACCAGACCAUUUGAUCAGUGAACUUGUUUCACAUGCCAUGGUUCUUGUGACUCAACUACAGCCAGCACAAGAUUACUUUGCCGAGUAUUACAGUUGGCCGUUCCUGGUGCUUGGGACCUGUGCAGAGAAGCAAUCAGACCGGAGCAUAUUGCUGUCACAGAUCCAGGGAUUCUGGCAGGCGACCAAUAAUGGCACCAUGAGAAGACUGGAGAAUAUGCUGACGGCCUACUGGACUAAUGGCAAAUCAACUGCACAGACUUACUUGUGGUUGAUGUGA